AGAGCAUCAUAGCAAAUCCCUGUGGCCUGUGGGUCGAGCUCGAACCCACGACCUCGGAGUCGGAGAUGGUGCAGCAGUCGAGGUCGAGCCUUUGUAGCCCUUGUGGGGUCAAAGAGUGGUGCGCUCUGUGCCACCGGCGAACGUUAGCGAACCACCGCAGCUGUCUUUGGUACUAAUAACUUGGCAUCUUCAUGUGGAUGGGUUUCUAGGUGAGCUCUGUGUUGAGUUUUUUCAGAUCAGGGAGACAGAGACGAUUCGCUCGAAGCUUGAGCAAUCUGAAACCCCGAAGCACAUUCAUGCAUGGAUUCCUCACCUGCGUACGAUGCCCCAAGAUGAGAAGAUCGACGUCCAUUAUUAGACCAGGUAAGCUCGUUGUCAUUCUCUUCAAUCCCUUUGCCAAGCACCCGUCGUCAACGGUUGUCUCAGUUCCUGAAACACUAUCAUUAGAAACAGAACCGAUUGAUUUAUGCGCCCAAGUUCUUGCGAUCCUAACCCGUCCUGGCUGGCAGAAAAACCAAUCGCUGAAGAAAUUGGUUCCAUCUCUAACCCCAUUCCAUGUUUCCAGGAUCUUCAAUCUUAGUAUUGACGCGAAAACUGCCCUACAUUUCUUCAACUGGAUUGGGCAAAGACCCGGAUAUAAACAUAGUGUUCAGUCUUAUUCAUCUCUCUUGAACCUCCUUGUUCGUGCUCGAUUAUUUGCUAGAGCUGUAAGUAUUAGAAUAUCAAUGAUCAAGUCUUGCGAUUCGGUGGAAGAUAUUCGAUUUGUGUUGGAUGUGGUGAGGAGGAUGAGAAAAAAUGGUGAACAUAAACUUAAGCUCACUCUUAAAUGCUAUAAUCAUUUGCUUAUGUCAUUGGCCAGAUUUCUUAUGAUUGAUGAAAUGAAAGCUAUUUAUUUGGAGAUUUUGGACGAUAGGAUACCUCCAAACAUCUACACCUUCAAUACGAUGAUAAAUGCUUACUGUAAGAUGGCAAAUGUUGUUGAGGCAGAACUUUAUAUAAGUAAGAUAUUGCAAGCUGGUUUAAAUCCUGAUACCUACACAUACACGUCCUUGAUUUUGGGACAUUGUAGGAGUAAGGAUUUAGACAGUGCUUCUAGGGUUUUCCAGCUUAUGCCGCAAAAGGGUUGUCGCAGGAAUGAGGCCACAUACACUACACUUAUACAUGGGCUUUGUGAAGGUGGGAGGAUUGAUGAAGCUCUCAAGUUGUUUUCCAAAAUGGCGGAUGACAAUUGCAGUCCGACUGUCCGAACUUACACAGUUCUCAUAUCGGCACUUUGUGGAUCCGGUAGGAGAUUGGAAGCAUUCAAUAUGUUUCAAGAGAUGUCAGAGAAAGGUUGUGAACCAAAUGUUCACACCUACACAGUGCUUAUCAAUGCUAUGUGUAAAGAAAACAAACUUAAAGAUGCUACUACAUUGUUAAACGAGAUGGUUGAGAAAGGCUUGGUUCCUGGUGUUGUCACUUACAAUGCUUUGAUUGAUGGAUAUUGCAAAGAACGGAAGAUUGAUGGUGCAUUUGCAAUUUUGGAUGUAAUGGAAUCAAAUGGUUGUAAGCCAGAUGCUCGCACAUACAACGAGUUGAUGUGUGGGCUUUGUAAUGACAAAAAGGUGCACAAUGCCAUGGUGCUAUUCAGUAAGAUGCUUGUCUGUGGCCUGUCUCCCAGUGUUGUAACUUACAACACAUUAAUACACGGCCAGUGUAGGGAGGGCCAUUUAGAUAGUGGGUAUAGGCUGCUUAAGUUGAUGACAGAAAAUGAUUUGGUCCCUGAUCAAUGGACAUACUCCAUGUUAACAGAUGCCCUUUGCAAAGAGGGGAGGGUAGAAGAAGCUCAUUCCUUAUUUAACUCUCUGGAAAAGAAGGGUAUAAAGGCAAAUGAAGUAAUAUAUACUGCUUUGAUUGGUGGGUACUGCAAAGUGGGGAAGAUUGACUGUGCCCAUUCUAUGCUUGAGAAAAUGCUUGCUGAGAAUUGCUUGCCAAACUCUUAUACCUAUAAUGUGUUGAUAGAUGGGUUGUGCAAAGAAAAGAAAUUGCAUGAAGCAUCACUUUUGCUAGAAAGGAUGGUAGAAGUAGGAGUGGGACCUGAUGUUGUUACUUAUACCAUUCUUAUUGAUGAGAUGCUGAAAGAAGGUGAUUUUGAUCAUGCUCAUAGGCUAUUUGAUCAAAUGGUUUCUUUGGGAUGUCAGCCUGAUGUCUGUACUUACACUGCAUUUAUCCACAUGUAUUGCAAUCGAGGUUCCUUGGAAGAAGCUGAGGAGUUGAUGGUUAAAAUGAAUAAAGAAGGUGUCUUACCAGACUCAGUGACUUACAAUGCAUUGAUAGAUGGGUAUGGUAAGAUGGGAUCAAUAGACCGAACCUUUGAUGUUCUCAAGCGCAUGGUUGAUGCUGGAUGUGAGCCUUCUCAAAAUACUUAUUCCAUUUUGGUCAGGCAUCUCUUAAAUGAGAAACAGGUUAAGGAAACGAGUGGUGAUAGUGAUUUUCUCUUGGCUUCAAAUUGUAAGUUAGUUGGUAUAACUGAUGUUUGGAAGAUAGUACAAUCUGAAACUAUCAUAAAACUCCUGAGAGAAAUGGAUGAACGUGGUUUCACACCAAAUGCUGGUACUUUUGAUGACCUCAUAACAGGAUUUUGUAAAGUGGGUCGCUUGGAGGAGGCAAAAGGGUUUGUGCAUUAUAUGAAAGAUAGAGGAUUAUCUCCUACUGAGAAUAUUUAUAAUUCUCUUGCCAUUUGUUGCUGCAAGUUAGGAAUGUAUGGGGAAGCAUCGGAGCUGGUGGAUAUGAUGGCUGAACAUGGUCAUUUACCAUAUUUGGAAUCCUGCAAGCUACUUCUUUGUGGGUUAUGUGAUGAAGGGAAUAUUGAAAAGGCCAAUUCAAUUUUCUCUAUCAUGUUAGAUGGUGGUUAUAAUUAUGAUGAAUUAGUUUGGAAAAUUCUGAUUGAUGGAUUGCUUAAGAGGGGCCUUGUUGAUAGAUGCUCUGAGCUACUAGGCAUCAUGGAGCAAAAGGGAUGCAGGCCUAGCCCUCAAACAUAUUCAAUGUUGAUUGAGGGAUUUCCAGAUGGAAAGGAUGGGGCAUAAAAUGGUUACUAGUGUUCAUAUUUGUCACCAAGGUUUUUUUGUAUACAUCUUUCACCUCCAUAUUUGGCAAGCUAGAGAAGAUGGCAAAAGAAUAUCCUUGGAAAAGUUAGAUUUUUCUUGUGACA